ACUUCCUCUAGCCGCGUUCCUACAACUGCAUCCCUCCUGAUCCAUCCACAUUUAUGGAGUGAAGUGGAUAUCAUCUCCGACAUCACGCAUCGCAUUUCCUGUAAGAGCAAAACCAAGCCAAACUAAAGAAUCCUCGGAUCCAGUCAGACGGUCACGCUUGCGGAAACUUGUGGUAUGCAUUAGAUAACACACUUCCACACUUCCACACACCAACCAAGCCCGAUAUUUCCCCCAAACUUGACUUCAACACACAUUGUCAGAGUGUACCACUAGCUCCAUUGGCUUUGUGGGAUUCCAUCUCAGCACAUCGCUCUACAACCAGCAGCCCACCCUCUCUAACUUUCUUCCCGACUCACUUGCACUCAUAUAUCAACAAAAAGAAUCAGCGGACAUGACCGAAACAACACGUCCAGGCCGCCUGGCAGGCAAAACGGCCCUCAUCACCGGCGGGGCAGGCGGCAUCGGCCUCGAAACCACCAUCCUGUUCGCUCGCGAAGGCGCUGCCGUGCUGAUGGCCGACAUCUCCGAACCCGCACUUGCCCGGGCGCUGGCCAAGGUCAAAGAACUCGUGCCCAACGCUCCGCGCCUGGAAACCAUCAAAUGCGACGUGUCCAAGGAAUCCGACAUCGCCGCCGCCGUCGAAAGCCAGGACGCCCACGGCGGGAUCGACAUCAUGUUCAACAACGCCGGCAUCAUGCACGCACAGGACGACGACGCCAUUAACACGCCCGAAUCGAUCUGGGACCUCACGCAGGCCAUCAACGUCAAGGGCGUCUGGUACGGCAGCAAGCACGCCGUGCUCAGCAUGCGCCGCCACAAGAAGAAGUCCGGCAGCAUCAUCAACACGGCCAGCUUCGUCGCGUUGAUGGGUGCGGCGACUCCCCAGCUCGCGUAUACCGCGUCUAAGGGUGCCGUGUUAGCCAUGACGAGAGAGUUGGCCAUCGUGCACGCUCGUGAGAAUAUUAGAUUCAAUUCGCUGUGCCCCGGACCGCUGAACACGCCCUUGCUGCAGGACUGGUUGGGCGAUGACCUGCAGAAGCGGCAUAGACGAGAAGUCCACUUUCCUACUGGUCGGUUCGGCGAGGCCAUCGAACAGGCUCAGGCGGUUCUCUUCCUAGCGAGUGAUGAGAGCAGCUUCGUCAAUGCUACCGAGUUUGUGGUCGAUGGUGGUUUGAGCAAGGCUUAUGUGACGGCAGAGGGACCUCCGACUGCAGGUCCAUUGAACAAUGUUCGCUAAAAAAAAGGCUUCGUUCUGGACGCCCAAGGAAUCAACUCUUCAGUUAUGGCUAUCGUUAUGGAGAUGGGGACGAUGAUCAGGUGCAACAGGCUUGUUUUGCGGUGCCUAGGCGUCUGCUAUGGGACUAAACCUAUACCAAGACGGGUACUCUGAUAGACAGUAUUCAUACUAUAGACAGUUUCCUGAACAUCCAUCCCCAGUUCCC